CUGAACAACUUCACUUAAAAACACAACAACUUCGUUUUCAUCGAGACCCAGUUCCAAAGCUUCUUCUACUUCUCCAUUUUCUACCUCCAAUCUAAUACACACCAACAAGGAAACCCCAUUUUUCCCUUCUUGCAUUUCAACUUGGAACUCUCUUAUUUUUCUCUCUACAUUGAUCCAUUUUAUCAUCGGCUAAAGAUUUAGGCACUCUGCCGUCAUAUAACAUUCAUUCAAGAUGGCAGCAACAACAUUUUCUAACUUGUCAAUGGCAACGUCAAGACCCCAGAUUCCUUCAUCACAAAGGUUUGCAAAUAAAGGUCCUGCAAUUCUCGGAGGCAGGUUUAAGUUUGGUUCAUGCGAUAAACUAGCAAGUGUCAGUCAUGUUGCUUCAGCACGACCCUUCCACCACGGCUUAAUAUCAUGUGCAAGUACCGUAAAAUUUGACAAAAUCAUAACAAAGGCAAUGUCUGAGUCUAGUUCAAACAACCAAGUUACAGGAUUGCCAAUUGAUUUGAGAGGUAAAAGGGCUUUUAUUGCUGGUGUGGCUGAUGACAAUGGAUAUGGUUGGGCAAUAGCAAAAUCUCUAGCAGCGGCAGGAGCUGAAAUUCUUGUUGGCACCUGGGUACCUGCUUUAAAUAUAUUUGAGUCCAGUCUACGGCGUGGAAAAUUCGACGAGUCGCGCAAAUUACAAGAUGGUUCAUUGAUGGAGAUUGCUAAAGUUUAUCCUUUGGAUGCAGUCUAUGACAAUCUUGAUGAUGUCCCUGAAGAUGUAAAAACUAACAAGCGCUAUGCUGGAGCCUCAAAUUGGACUGUCCAGGAAGUUGCUGAAUCCGUUAAGAAGGAUUUUGGUACUAUUGACAUACUAGUGCACUCACUUGCUAAUGGACCAGAGGUUAGCAAACCAUUGUCGGAGACAUCUCGGAAAGGAUAUCUUGCUGCCUUGUCUGCAUCUAGUUACUCUUAUGUUUCUUUACUCAAACACUUUCUUCCAAUCAUGAACCCAGGUGGAUCUUCAAUCUCUCUUACAUACAUUGCUUCAGAAAGGAUCAUUCCUGGAUAUGGUGGUGGUAUGAGUUCUGCCAAAGCUGCUUUAGAAAGUGAUACGAGAGUGCUUGCUUUUGAAGCUGGUAGAAAGAAAAGAAUCAGAGUGAAUACUAUAUCUGCAGGUCCACUUGGAAGCCGCGCUGCGAAAGCAAUUGGUUUCAUUGACAUGAUGAUUGACUAUUCAUUUACCAAUGCACCACUGCAGAAAGAACUUCAUGCCGAGGAGGUAGGCAACACUGCUGCAUUCUUGUCAUCACCCUUGGCAUCAGCUAUCACUGGUGCUAUUAUCUAUGUUGACAAUGGACUUAACGCCAUGGGCGUUGGAGUUGACAGUCCAGUAUUUAAAGACCUUGACAUUCCAAGCGGCCAUCAUUGAAAUAAUAGAACUUGAAGUGAUUAGUUUUUCGUUUCUUCAAGUCCUACAUGGCUUAGGAUGAUGAGAAAACUGUUAGUUAACUUUCACAGUUUCUUAAAUUGGUAAUUGGUUGUUUGAACACUUGAACUUAAUAACCAUUGAUUUUCCAUCAA